UGGUCCUACCGUAUUAUUGUUCCCUGUAGUCGCUCUGUAUUUUAGAGGUUUAUUUGUUUGGGGAUUUUUGUCAGUUAUUUCUUCUUUUGGAGUAAAUAUUUUCAAUUCACAGCACGAUCAUAUGCAGCAGUAUAUUGUGAGGUUAGGGGGUACGUAUUGUCUUGUUUUGAGGCGUGUUGUUAAUUAUCUGCGUCUUAAGGCCAGUCUGCUUUGGUUCGGUGUGGAUAAUCUACAGCAAACAUGGACGGGGGUAGAGGAAGAGAGGGUCGGAGCUGGGACUGGAAUAACCCGCACUGCAGAGCACAGAUGGAUCAGAUAUUUUUCCGUGAACAGGACUACAUCCAGACCGGAUCCUCCGAACACAAGGAAUUCUGGAAUUUCUUUGAUCGUUUCCAGCGGUUUAAAGCUAAGAGGGAAAUGUCUGGUUCUGGAACCAGAGACGAAGUUAAAGAAAAGAAAAAAUCUGGCACCGAAAAGGUGAAUUUGGGACUUCCAACAGAGUACGACCCUCGGUACCGGAUCAAUCUAUCUCUGUGUUCAGCGGACAUUGAAAAGCGAAUGGGAAAAACGGAUCCCAGAGGCAGGCAGAGAUCCUCAGGUCCAGGUCCACAGGAGAUCACAGACUGCCGAUUGGCUCUGUUGCAUUUCCUGGACUUCAGCCAGAAGCAGAGCUUUGGGAAACUGGCCAAGCUUCGCAGGGACCAAAAGAACCUGCCUAUCUUUCAGUACCGAGAUCGGAUUGUGGAUCUGGUUCGGCUUCACCCAGUGGUAGUGGUGGCGGGGGACACGGGCUGUGGGAAAUCCACACAGGUGCCACAAUAUUUGCUCUCGGCUGGCUUUAGCCAAAUCGCCUGCACCCAGCCCAGGCGGAUCGCAUGCAUUUCCCUCGCAAAGAGAGUCAGCUUUGAGAGCCUCAAUCAGUAUGGAUCAAAGGUUGGUUAUCAGAUCCGCUUUGAGACUUCUCGGACUGCGGCCACCAAGCUGCUCUUCCUGACCGAAGGUCUGCUGCUGCGACAGAUCCAGCAGGAUAAGACUCUGGAUCAGUACCAGGUGGUGAUCGUGGAUGAGGUUCAUGAGCGACACCUCCACUGUGACUUCCUCCUUGGGGUCCUACGCUCUCUGCUUGCUGACCGCCCAGGCCUCCGUCUCAUCCUCAUGUCAGCCACCAUCAACAUCAAGCUCUUCUCUGAAUACUUCCACAGCGCUCCUGUGCUGCAGGUACCAGGGAGACUGUUUCCUAUUCAGGUGAUUUACCAGCCCAUUCCCCCUGAGGAGCAGCCAUCGCGUUCAGAGAAACUGGAUCCCAGACCGUACCUGCGCAUCCUUCAGGGCAUCGACCAGCGUUACCCUCCAGAGGAGCGUGGGGACCUGCUCCUCUUCCUCAGCGGCGUGGCAGAGAUUUCCACCAUCCAGGAGGCCUGUCAGGUUUACGCCACGCACACCAGGCGCUGGAUAGUCUUACCACUGCACAGCACCCUCUCUCUCGCUCAACAGGACAAGGUGUUUGACGUUGCUCCUCCUGGCGUCAGAAAGUGCAUCAUCUCUACCAACAUUGCAGAGACCUCAGUUACAAUAGACGGGGUCCGGUUUGUUGUGGACUCAGGAAAGGUGAAGGAAAUGAGCUUUGACCCGAAGGCCAAGAUGCAGCGUCUGCAGGAGUUCUGGAUCAGCCGAGCCAGCUCUGAGCAGAGGAAAGGUAGAGCUGGCCGUACAGGUCCUGGUGUUUGUUACCGUCUCUAUUCAGAGUCCGACUACAAUGCCUUUGCUCCGUAUCCUGUGCCUGAAAUCCACAGAGUGGCUCUGGACUCCUUGGUUCUGCAGAUGAAGAGUAUGGAUCUUGGGGAUCCUCUUUCUUUUGUCUUCAUCGAUCCUCCACCAACUGCCAGUAUCCAGACUGCAGUUACAUACCUGAAGGAGCAGGGGGCACUAGACAGUCAUGGUGAACUAACAUCUAUUGGUAGACUGUUGGCUCAGCUGCCUGUCGAUGUUGUUAUAGGAAAGAUGUUGGUGCUGGGCUCCCUGUUCAACCUGGUGGAGCCGGUUCUGACCGUUGCAGCAGCCCUCAGCGUUCAGUCACCAUUCCUGCGCAGCUCGCAGCAAAACCCGGACUGCAACACUGCCCGCCAGCCCCUGCACAGCAACCAGGGAGACCCUUUCACUCUGCUUAACACCUUCAACGCCUGGGUGGAAGUGAAAGGAGAGAGAGGAGGCGGGUCCAGGAAGUGGUGCAGGAGGAGAGGCCUGGAGGAGCAGAGACUUUAUGAGAUGGUCAACCUACGCAGACAGUUCAAGGAAUUGCUGAGGAGCCACGGCCUCAUUGAGUCAGAGGACAAGGCUCCCUCUGGUGGCGACCGUGAGCAGCGCAGGGAGAGGUUCACAGAGAGGAAGAAGCUGCAUCAGUUGAAAAGACACCAUGAGCAGCAGGAGGGGACUAAACGUAAGGUCCUAAGGCUGGAGGAGGGCCAGGAUGGAGAGAUCUCCUCAGGAUCAGACACAGAGGGCAGAGGCAGAGGCAGGAAGGGCAAGGAGGGAAAAGAACAGGAUGUGGACAUCCAGGAAGUGAAGUUUAAAUUACGUCACAACGUCUCGGAGCUCCAGGAGGCCGUCAACAACAGCCAGGACUUGUCGUCGCGGCACCAAGGUUUGCUGAAGCUGCUGCUCUGCCGAGGACUCUACCCUCAGCUGGCUCUACCUGAUGAGCACAACUCCAACCGCAAAGACUCAGAGCAGGUGUUUCACACAAGGAACAAGCAUGGCGUGGUGAUCCACCCGACCAGUGUGUUCGCCAGCGAUCCAGAGGUGCUGCAUGUUCCUGAGGGCGACGCCAGAGAAACAGGACCUGACAGGAGGGACAGCUGCAAACAUCAGCUCUUGGCCUUCGUCACGCUGCUGGAGACCAACAAACCGUAUUUGUCCAACUGUGUUCGGGUGCCAGCUCUGCAGGCUCUGCUACUGGUGGCCAACUCUGUGGAUACCAACGCUGACUGCACCCGGCUGGUGGUGGACGGCUGGCUGGAGCUGGAAGUGAAGGAGCCCGAGGAGGCCCUGAGGGUCCUGUCCACAUCCUUGAGUCUCAGGUCCGAGUGGGAGCGUCUGCUGAAGGCCCAGCUGGGACAGAGCUCAUUGAAGGACUCCUCAGGCCAAGGAGUGUCUCGCAGAGACAUGGAGAAGCUGAGCGACGGCCUGGUCCGCUUCCUGCUCUACACUGAGGUCAAUUACAGCCUUCAGCGCCUCACUGCUUUCCAGACCCAGAACCUGUACAUCGGUCCUCAGAGCGAAGCUGAUCCAUCAUUCUCUGUGGUUCCGGAUCUGAGCCCCUUGUUUCCAGGAGCAGAAGCCAAGCCCGAUCCCAUUAAAGGAGGCUUAAGAGUGACAAGUUUCUUCACCUACAACUGUCUCGCUGAUUCAAAGGAUCUCUACAGCGAGUGUUUACGCACUUUCUGGAGCUGCCCGAACUGUGAGCUCUACAUGCCUCUGACUCCUCUGGAGCGGAUGCAUCACGAAGCUUCCUGCAGGCCUGCUGGAGAACAGCAGGAGGCCGGAGAAUCGGAAGGUGGAAAGGCCGGCUCUUCCUCAGCUUCGGGUCUGACGAGGGUCUAUCAUUGUGACGUCUGUAACGAAGACCUGAAGCUCACCUCCACAGAGAUCCUUAAACAUAAAAGGCAGCACAUGUUUUCUGCAAAGUGACUGGAUGAGGACUGCUAGGCACCAACUUUUAACCCUAAUGUCAAAACAAAUACUUUUUGAAGUGGUUUCUUUUCUUCUCAUUAGGACUUUUUAACCUGUUUAUUUUUCUUAUGGUCACUGCUUGUGAUUUCUCCAUCAGUCUGCAAAGAUGGUAAAGAUUAACUGUAAGAAAAUGAACAUAAAUCUUUGUUUUUUACUAAAA